AUGGAGUCUUUUGGCGCUUUUCUCGAAGGUGAUAAUCCGUGGGAGCCUGAGUUCAUGCAGUACUCUACUGUAUUUCCCCUCGACGACAAUGAGUUUUUCAGCAUUUCGAGCUUUUGUUCCGUUCCUCAGAUACCAAAUAUGAGCUUCAUUAAUGGCGACAGUACAACUUUGUUCGGUUCUAUGAACAGUACUGCUAGUGGUCUUAGCUCUGGUUCUGAAGAAAGCAGCUAUGGCAGCUAUUGCACUGACAUUGUCCAGAACAAUUUUACUGCUCAUAACCAUGUUGCAGUGACAAAUGAUGUCCCUGACUCUGUUUACUCCAUGGAUUUUGUUGGGUUUGACGAGAAAAACAAGUCAAUUCUCUGCGUUGUUCCUGAAAUGAUCAUGGAGGACACUGGCUGCGCCGAAGAAGAUCUGGGCGGCAAGAAGAUAGCCGGCGCUAAUUUAGUCGAUUCCCAGCCACCAUACGACGCCGUUUUAGCCAAUCAAUUGCAGCUCAAGCAGAAGUUUUCUCCAGAAAUCCACCCUGUAACCCGAAACGGCAUCGUUUCUGCCGAGAGUACCAAGAAAAGAACUCGGGUUUCCGGCCAUGCAGAAGAAAGUGGCAAGAGUGAUAAGAGGAAGAAGAAGUACCAAAAGGUGAGUCAGAACCGAAGCAGUUAUGAAGAGUCCAUUAAUGGCGGAUUAGAUGGACAGAGCUCUAGUGGGUGCAGCUCAGAAGAUGAGAAUACUUCAGAGGCCAAAGCAACUUCUUCAGCCGCUAAUGUGAAUGGGAAGACAAGAGCAUCUAGAGGCACUGCCACUGACCCACAAAGCCUCUAUGCAAGGAAAAGAAGAGAAAGAAUCAACGAGAGACUAAAAAUUUUGCAGAACCUCGUGCCAAAUGGAACAAAGGUUGAUAUUAGCACAAUGCUUGAAGAGGCAGUUCACUAUGUGAAAUUCUUGCAGCUCCAAAUUAAGCUGUUAAGCUCAGAUGACCUGUGGAUGUAUGCACCUAUUGCUUACAACGGAAUUGACAUUGGUCUUCACCAGAAGAUUUCUCUUCUAUGA